UGAGCGCAAGUGAAGCAUCUAUUGGAAAAUGAGAAAAUAUACAUAUAGUGACAAUGAGUGCAUUAAAGAUUCCAAUAAAUUAUAAAUGUUUAGAAGAAGAACUUCAUGAGGCGCUCACAGCCGACGAAUUGUAUAAAUUACAAAACGAUGCUAAAAUCCGAGCUGUUGAACAAGGAGUACCGACAUAUGAACAUUUCAGACAGAUGGUAAUUAAUUUUGUGAAUGGUGCUCAUUUAAAACCUCUGGAUCGUAAUGAUAUGAAACCUAAGAUUGGAGUGCAGUGGAAUUCUAUGAUUAAUACUGGAUCUCAUGACUCGGUUAUGUCUACUGAGAGAAAAUCGAAAUACGAUGAAGAAUAUAAUAAAACUAUUAUAGAAAUAUCUCCAGAAACAUUUCAAGAUUUUUUACGAUCCUGGAGAACAAUUAGAGACUACUCUGAAAAAUUUGCUUAUACAUGGAAUGUAAAGAGUAGUCUGCCAAAUAUUUUUCGAGUAGAAAUACCUGCAUCUUUUUUCGGUGACUUUAUGGAUAUGUGUCUACAAUAUUUGUUAGACAAGAAUGAUGUAACAUCGAUUAUAGAACUUCUCAGCAUACUAAGCACGUGUAAUAGAUUCGAUCUGACGAUAUGUUUAAUGACAAAAAGUGAGCGAUCUAUAUGCGAGCAAAUUUUCCGACAAUUACAACUCAAAGCAACGUCACAAGAUAAAUUAUUGCAAAUCGAAUCAUUAGCCGCAAAAUAUCGGAUUAAUAUUAAUUAA